AUGCCAAUGGAGAAUAGUCAGGCACAGAGGAUGUGGUGGAAGAAGGGCCAAACGGCCAGACGCGUGCGCUACGAGAAUCAACGUCGUCAAGAGUCACUCGAAUGGCCCGAAUCGAUUAAGUGGGGGGCAGGCCGGAAGCUGAUGAUUGAUCUGAUCUCCUGCCCGACACCGGCCGCCGUGGACAAGGCUGAAAGGACGGAUGUGACCAUGAAACCGACGAUGAUCGCCGGGAGGGCAGCCGUCAUCGCUUGCUGGCUUCUGGUCGAAAGCAAGGUCAAACAAAGCAUAGGUAGUAUUCUAGGUAUUCUAGUAGGUGGCCAUGAUACUCUACACAAUGUAUACUACAGUACUGCAGCCAGUGUACCGUCGAUGUAA